CAUACCUCAACCUUUCCCUCGCUUGCUGUUCAUCUACGACUGUACAUGUGCAUGUCACCUCAAACAGGCUCAUUUAAAAUCUCAUGUCCGAAGAUGGGGCGUUUGUUUCAUGACCACUGUGGUGGUUACCAACUCAUCGCGCAUGCGCAAGGCUGUUGUCUACUAGUGUCACUAAUAGCUCCCUUCCUAGGGUCAUGGCAUUCCAAUCGGUUUCUAGAACAGCAGUUAUCCAGGGCAAGACUCGUGAGGUUGUUAGGAUCGCCAUCCGGUAAGUAAGGGAGUGACAAUAUGCCUUACAUUCCACGCGAUACGUCAACAGCAUUACGGGCGCCAUGGAGAGGGUUGGUUGUCUUUUCAAUUCUAUCGCGAGCUCCACGUCACAUAUUCUUGCUCCAACCUGCCGAUGUCUCUAUACUCUUUCAGUAUGCUCCGCGCCAUUGUAACUCUACUACAAUUACGGUAUGCGCUCGCAAAAGUCCCACACGGUCUACCACACGAGGUCGUCAAUGUCACGCAAAAUGUCGCAGUGCUUCUCCCAGCACUGGUACCGGUGACGGUCAAUUACACCAUCACAGAACCUAUCCACGAUACUACCACAUAUACCGUGACGGAGCCAUAUCCAUCAUCGACUACAACUCGCACAAUACUUACCAUCAUAUUCCCUUCUCCCGAUGCCUCUCCCGUUGAGGUCACCACGCAAAGUCAAGUCGUUCAGUCUUAUAUUCCUGAGAUGACCUGGUGUGUCGGGCCUCCUAUAGCACUGCUUCCCAUAACGCAGCCGCCUUACGCCAAUGGAACGACAGCUUAUUCUACGAUUAUCGACGGAACUGGAAGCUGUUCCACCGCUUAUGCGCCUAUCCAAACGACCGUUUGUGCCACUACGCUUACUGGGUUGGCAUCAAAAGUCACUAUUACGGACUGUAGUCAAGAGGUCACGUUUUCGACAGAGUGUGGCUUCACACUGGAGACCCCGACGCCUGUCACAACAAAUUAUUCGCUCAUCACACCUGCACCGACCGUCAAGCGCAUGUACACAUACUGGCUCGCUCCUUGGCAAUCGUUGACGGCAGGCGAGACGCCCUCAGAUGUCGACGUCAAAAUCUGUACUGUCCUGGACAACGGUGAUCUCGAAUGCGAGCGCUAUCAGGAGGUGUGGGAGGUUGUAAUAGUCACAAACACUAUCACUACUACACGGACGGUCCAGUUAUCGACAACUGUAACCGGGCCUGGGACCAUUCAUGUUGAAACAUUGCAGGCUACGAUUACAGACACGGUUGAGAGUAUUGACCUUUCGACAAUCCUUCUGUUGGAGACUGAAUUUGAAACCGAGAGCACCAAGUCCGACAGGAAGCCAUUAACAACCGUUCUGAGCACUCAGGAGGUAUUCACGACAGUGUAUAUUACCAAGCACGUGCACCGUAUAUCUACUAGGUGCGUGAAACCCGGCUUCUGUUGAGAUCAAACUGAUGUUAGCAGUACUCCUGAGCCUACGACAACAAUAUGGGUAACUUCAACAACUACACAGCAUGUCAGCACUGCCACUAUAACAAGACCUCGUUCGCGACCAAGCUUAGUUAAAUUGGUGGCAGAUGACUUCCGCUUGUGAUUAUAGCAUAUUGGUCUUUCAAUUUUCACGGCUC